AUGGGCGCCUGCGUGGUGGCGGGCCCCACGGCCUCGGGCCAGCGGCUGCAGCAGUUCGUGGCCCGGAGCUUCCGGGAGCAGCUGGGCCGCCAGGAGGAUGCGCUGCACGUGAAUGUGCGGCAGGCGGCCGCGCUGGCCUGCCAGAAGGGCCAGGUCCUGGUGGACGGUCUGCCGGCCCCCGGGCGCCGAGUUCUUCAGGAGGGCGAGGUCGUGACGCUCCGCGCGAAUCGAUGCCUCGAGCUGCCUCAGCGCGGCACCAAGCGAGGUGGACCCCGCAUGCUGCUUUGCGAGGACGACAAGGAGGUCCGCCCAGCCGGCGAGGGGCUCCUGAGAUUUCGGGAGUACUACCGCAACCAGUUCCUGCUGGCCCCCGGGGAGUGGGAGGAGUGUGAGAGGCUUUUCCUGACCCCAGUGCAUUUGAGCCUGCGGCUGAGCAGAGCGAAUACUCUCACCUUGGCAAGCCUCACCGAGGCCUUCGGCGAGCGCCUGCGCUUCCUGCCCUGGGACCCCUUGGCGCUGCACCUGGCGCCCGGCAGCUCGAGCGAGACAACCGAGGGGCUGCAGCUCAUCAACGUUUUGGCAUCCAAUGGCGAAAUCGUUGUCCAGGAUGCCUUGUCCAUGCUCCCGGCGGCAGCCCUCAAUGUCCAGCCCGGCGACGCGGUGCUGGACUUGUGCAGCGCACCUGGCAGCAAGACUUGUCAGCUGCUGGACGCGCUGACUUGCCACAUGGACUGCUCAGCCGGCCUAUUGGUGGCCAACGAUUUGCUCCUCGAGCGCUCGGAGAGGGUCUGGGCCAGGGCGAAGUGCCACGAGUGUUCGCCUUUGAUCGUGACCACGGCGGACGGCUCAGCCUUCCCUCGGCUGCUACCGGGCGGCUUCGACCGCAUUUUGGUGGAUGUGCCUUGCAGCUCCGAUGGGACACUGCGCAAGGAGCCCAAGCGCCUGCAGCGCUGGAACGUGACCUCAGGGUUGAACCACCACUGCCUUCAGCUGAGCUUGCUGCGGCGGGCUGUGGAGCUGUUGAAGGUCAAGGGCCGACUGGUCUACUCCACCUGCUCCUUGAACCCCAUCGAGUGCGAGGCUGUUGUGCAGGCGGCCUUGGCCCAGUUCCCGAGCCUCCGACUUCUGCCGGCGGAGGAGGUGCUUCCCAAGGGCUGCCCGAGGGGUCAGCCAGGACUGGACACCUGGCUGGUGCCAGAAGGCGAAGUCGCCACCAUGCGGCCACUGCAGCGGUUCGCCUUGCACCGCUGCGCGCGGUUCCUUCCGAUCCACGGGCCCAACUUCGGUGGCUUCUUCCUGGCGGCGCUCGAGCUGGCCGACGACGCCGGCGCUCUCCCGUGUGACCAGGACGGCUUUGCAGGCUCAGAGGCGGAACCUGCUCCCCUUCUUGCCACAGUGGACGCCUCAUUCAAGGAGCUUGUGGAGUGUUUCGGCCUGAGUUCGCUGGAAGACCUGGCGGCGCUGCCCAAUGGCACCAUAGCGCACGUGACCUCCAGAAUGAGGAUGUGCAGAUCAGUUGGCAUUGAGUUUCAACACGCCGGGAUGCCGCUGCUGCACAGGAGCCGGGGCCGCUGGAAGGUCUGCCCAGAGGGCGCCAAGCGCUUGGCGGAGAUGGCGGCCAAGUGCAAGGCCUACCCGGAGGGCGAGGCUCUGCAGCAGCUGCUGGAGAGCCGGCGCUGGUCCUGCGGCCUGGACGAUGGACCCCUGCUGGUGGCAGUGCCGCUGGAGCACGGCCACGGCCAAGAGCGUUGGCUCAGCGGCGAUGUCGUGGAUGGUCAGCUGACUUUGGACACGCCCAGUGAUGAGCGCAGCCCCUCGCGGGUACCUGCAGAGAUGGCACUCUACCCCCUGUCAUGUGGCACACAGAUGCGGGUGCUCCUGAAGUGGACGCCGGCAGCCCUCGGGUUCGUAGCUUACCAGCUCAUCAAUCAUCAGGUAUCGAUGUACUGCUCACUGUCUGAGCGGACGGUCUUCCUGAAUUUGUGCCCGCUUUUCGCACUCUUCAUCGAGCCUUUGGUGUUGCCGUCCAGGGUGGAGAACGUGCUGAAUCAGACCUUUGCCUCUAAGAUGGCGCUUGUGACCAUGGCCUUCGGGGCAGUUCUGUUCAGCUUGCAGUACCGGGACUUCACGGCCAAUGGCCUGAGAUCCGCAGGGAUCUUGGUGGCGCUCAUGCUUCCUUAUCGCCUUCUUCAGCGGAUGCUCCUGGCGGAUUGCCAGCAGGUUCCCGCCUCCUUGCUGUGCGCCUUCGAUGGCUUAUUGCUCACCAUCCCGGCGGGCACCCUCACCAUAGUCAACGAGAGGUUUUUUAUUGAAGCCUACACCGUGCUGCUGUACAACCCGUCCAUCAUGCUGAUGUUUGGUCUUUCCAUCUUUGCCUUCAUCGGGAAUCACUUGGCCGUGCUGUACUUACUGAAGGCCACAUCAGCCACGUCCACAAUGGUCUUCGGGAACCUGUCUAACUUUGUGGUGGUCUUUGAGGGCAUCGUCUUCUUCUCAGACCCAGUUUUUCAGGCUCCUUUGGUGAUGACCGGCAUUGCCCUCAGCCUGCUUGGGGGCAUUUGGUAUGCAAUUGACCAGACACCCUCCGAGGAGAAGGGGCUUGGCAACCGCUCACCACUCACGGUGCGCCAGGGUUGUGUCGUUUUGGUAGGCAAAUGUUGA